AUGGACACCCACGAUAUUACAAGUCUCAAUAAUCCCCAUGCUGCACCUACAGAUCCCUAUCGCGGACGGUCCCAACCAAUCCACAACAUACCCAUAAAUGUUGAAUCUCACGGGGAAGACACACCUACCGAUAGUCAUGCCCUCGCAAUCGCAGAUCACGAAGAAAAGGGUGCUGCACAGCUAGAUCAUGGUACUGUUGAGGUGCGAGAUUUGGGCUGGAAUGAUCAUCCCGAUGAUGUUCCUACCCCUCUAGUUGGAGGUCUGCCAAACGAAGAACUAUGGACUUUAGUACGACGAUUUAAUAAACAGAUGUACCAUGUCAAAUCAUUACAAGAGCCACCACUCGGAGGCUUGGACCUAAAUAUUGCGGACGAAGAGGAAUUCUCGCCAGACAAGUUGAGGGCGAACAUCGAGCGGUUAUAUAUGACGGUGGUGGUUGGGCUUGUUAACUUUUGGAAACACAUUGCAAGAUUAAGGUCAUGGAAGGAAAGAGAUCGCACCAUCGUUUUUGCUUCGGCUUAUUUCCUAGCCUGGUUGAUAGACUUCCUAAUGCCAACAAUUAUUGGUUUCGUGAUUGUGCUCAUAGCAUGGCCGCCAUCGAGGGAAUAUUGUUUUCCUCCUGCACCACCUGCACUUAUCGACAGCACAACAGGAGGAAUCAAGAAACCGACGGCAGGCGUCUUGGGUAACGAUACCAGUCUAACUGGUGCUCCAGAAAAAUAUCAGGGAGAAGCUGUGGAACAAGAAGCAAGUAACUUUGUAAAUAGUUUUACCUCCAUUGCGAUUAGCAGUGCAUCCGGGAAGCACCCUCAAGGGGAUCCACACGGUGAUGAAGUGGGCGCCAGUAUUCUGGAGGAUGCGGCACCAGAUCCAACCAAAAUGGCAGUGAGCGCCUCAAACGCAAAAAGUAGCAGCGCGGGAGAUCAAACAAAUUCUCUACAUGACAAGACAAAGGAGCCAAUGUCGGCAGCGAUGUGGUCAAAGACCAGACCUGUUAUGCAUACGAUUGCUGACAUUUCUGACGGAUGGGAGAGAUUUGCAAAUGCAUUAUCUCCCACUCCACCGUUCCCUCCAGAGAAGCCUCGACUCAAGCUUGCUGCUUGCCUUGCUCCGUUACUCAUAAUGUCGAUGUUCACCAGCUCGUAUAUCUUCAUCAAGAUGAACGGAUUAUUCGUCGGGUUUGGAUUCUUCGGAGAUCCAUUAAUUAGGCGAGGGCUUUCAUACUUGAACCGAGAAUUCCCGCAUUGGAGAAAUUUGUUGGAGAUCAGAAAUACCUUGCUUAAAGGUGUCCCUACGAAUGCUCAACUUACCAUCACAUUAUUACGAAUUGGUGAAGCGAAUAAAGCUCCAAUUCCACCACCCCCAUCGUCGUCCUUACCACCACCUGAUGUUGCGCACGCUACAGCAGGCGAGGGCCUCGACCAUCUUGGUAAAGAAUUAUCUCUCAAGAAAAGUAAUGGACUAACAUUUUCAGAAGGCGUAUCUGAUUCGGAAAUGGCUGAUGCCAUUCACCCUGACAUAAAUGUGACCGCAACCAGCAUCGAUCAACCCAAAACUAAGAAGAAAGGGCACCGGAUUCUGGCUGCUUUCAAAAGUGUUACCAAAGGUGGUGUUGAGACUGUCUUAGGAACAGAUAGACUGAAAGCUGCAGCUGGGGCAGAACAUGCGAAAAACCGUCUCGGUGUUUUGAAAGAUGGACCAGAUGAUCCAGCUGGCCCUACCCGUUUCCCCUCCAGAUAUAAGGGCAAGAAGGGACAUGCAUAUAUCACAGCCACGGCAACAACUCCAGCACUGAGCUGGACAACCGAGAAAGAUGAUAUUGAUCCUGUUUUCUCCAUAGCCAUAGCUGAUAUCAUAGAAAUAAAGAAAGUUGGUGGCCUAGGCUGGAAGACUAAGCUUGUGGUAGGAUGGGCUACAUCGCGAGAAAUUGCGGACGGAAUUCUAGUGAUCGACAAAUCUGGCGAUCAGAAGCAACUUACCGCAAUCGCACUACGGGAAGAGCUCUUCAAUCGCUUGAUAUCUAUGGGUGCGCAAAUUUGGGAGGCAUGGUAG